UUCCAUUUUACAGGCGCCCUCACGCGAAAAUGGCCGAUGCGAUUCAAACCGCUCCUAGGUUCACUGGGAAAAAUCGAGACCCGCAAUUAUUCACGGUAACCAAUCAUUACAACGAGGCGGGCACUGGACCGCUCGAAGCUGCCAUUUGUAGGCACAAUCCGCUGCACGUCGUCUCUGCAGCAUUGCGACACCAACAUGAAGAAUCGCAAUGCCCCGAUCGGAAGUGGAAUCCGUCGGAGAAGAUUGUAAAGUACAAGGACAUGCAGUAGCUUGUUGGAGGAAUUUUAUAUACUUUUUUUAAAAAUUUAUUAACCAUUUUUCUCAUUUUCCCGACAUGUAUUUUUUUGCUACGGGUCAAAUUGUAUUUUCGCUUUAUGUAAUAUUUCUAAAUAAUUUCGUCGUCACAAUUUAGUUACUAUUUGUUCUUGCGACACAGGUUGAACAAUCGCCUGUCUGUAUCUUUUUCUUUCUUUUUUUAAUCUAUAAUUCAUUUUCUUAUCAGUUAAUUGAUUUUUGCAGCACAACAAAAAGGCUUCCAGUGAACAAAAAUGUCGGGAACCAGAAAG